AUGGCCCUUAGAUCGAAGCUCAAAGAGCGAGCCGCCGCAACCAAGUUGCGCACGAACACUGCAGCCCCUCGUAACGAGCAGGGUGAUGUUGCUGUUCCAUCGACUUCGUCCUUCAAGAAGAAAGAGAAAAGGGACAAAGACGAACGACCGCUCUUCCACGCAUUAAAAAUGCAGCAGAUCCUAACUCCCCUAUCCUACGGGCAACGCACGAAACUCAAGCAGCAAAUGGAGAAAAUCGAGUCCUUUGAAGAGCUGGGAUUGAUGCCUUCGGUCGUUGACUCUAUCUACACCCAAGUCCUGCCACAUCUGACAGAGUAUACGCCCACACCUGUACAAAAGCUGGCAAUUCCCGCGCUCCUCAGUAAAAAGGGCGAGUAUCAAAAACAGAAGCAGGUGGAUGUAGACGGGAUGCCUACCCAGAAUAAAUACAAGACAUUCCUUCUCGCGGCAGAGACUGGCUCAGGGAAGACGCUGGCGUACCUACUACCCGUCAUCAAUGCCGUCAAACAACAAGAAGAGGCGGAUCGCAACGAAGAGCUCGAGCGGGAAGCCCGCAGGGUUGAAGAAAGUGAAGAGAGAGACAAGAACCGCGUUUUCGAAGCAGACCCUUCCGAAACCGAUGAAUUACCAUCAAACCAAUCUAUGGGCCGGCCUCGCGCCCUCAUCCUCCUUCCCUCGUCCGAACUCGUUGCGCAGGUCACGAAGGUGGUCAAAGUUAUCGGCCACACAGUCAAAUAUCGCUCUGCGGGCAUUUCUUCCUCCAAUACACCCACUGUCAUUCGCAACCGCCUCUUCAACCCCCAGGGCAUAGAUAUACUAGUUUCCUCUCCUCAUUUGAUCGCCAGCAUCGCCAAAAAGGAGCCAAAUAUCCUGUCCCGCAUUCAAUACCUCGUCAUGGAUGAGGCCGACUCCCUUUUUGACCGCUCUUUCAGCGAGACAACGUGCGAAAUCAUCGAUCGUGCCGCCCCUUCAUUGAAGCAACUGGUCCUCUGCUCGGCCACUAUUCCAAACAGUCUUGACAGGUUCAUUGACAAGAGGUUCCCCGAUUGCAAACGCAUCGUUACACCUAAACUACAUACGAUUCCGCGUCGAGUUCAAUUGGGUGCUGUGGAUAUCGACAAAGAUCCCUACCGUGGCAGUCGCGAUCUGGCGUGUGCCGACGUGAUUUGGACACUUGGGAAGGCUGUACACGAAGACCUUAACCCCAGAAAUACAGUGAAGCACAUCCUUGUCUUUGUCAACGAACGCGAAAAGGCGGAAGAAGUUGCCCGGUUUCUUGUAACAAAGGGAAUCGAAGCCGUCGCGCUAACGAGAGAUACUACGGAGCAGCGUCAAGCUGAAAUCCUCGCAACAUUCACCUCUGUUGAGCGCGUCGCGGGCUCUUCUAAGCCGUUCUCCUCCCCAGCUUCGGGCUCCAAGAAAUUGUUCAAAGACUUUGUUCCUUUCGACCGUUCAUCUACCCCUGCGACUUCUGGGGCAAACCCAACCCAAACAUCCAGACCUACAAGGCAUCUCCCGGACGUUAAGGUUCUCGUGACCACCGACCUUGGUUCACGCGGCGUCGAUACCCUCGCAGUCCGACACGUGGUAUUGUAUGAUGUUCCGCAUACUACAAUCGACUUUGUCCACCGGUUAGGACGGAUGGGCAGGAUGAAUCGGCGAGGAAGAGGGAUUGUGCUAAUGGGAGGCAAAGAUCGAAAGGACGUGAUCAGGGAAGUUAGGGAGGCUAUGUUUAGAGGGCAGGCUCUGAUAUGA